UGCACACAAUCUCAUCACACUUAGGUCACACCGCGACUCCGCAGGCGGAUGCUCCAUCUCGCGUCGCCUCAGUUUAUAUUUGUUCUACUUACACAGAGGAGUGAGUCCAUAAUAAUUUAAAAGCCACGCUAUUUGUAUGCAUUAUGCAGAAACAAACAAAAAUGUUACAGUUUAGGAGAACAUUUGAGAAUGAACAGAUUCAGCUCCAGGAUCUGAACACGAGGCUAAGGCAAUACCUGUCCAGAGUGAAGGAGCUAGAGCAGGAUAACGCCCUGCUUAUGAAGGAGAUAAACACCAUCAGGCAGGACAAGACGGUGCAAUGGGAAAAACAAUAUCUGCCCGAAUUGAGGGAACUCAGGAGGGUGGUGAAUCAACUGACUUUAGAAAAGUACAAAGCAGAGAUGGAUCGAGAGAAGCUCGGACGAGAACUACAGGCGAUACAGGCGCUGUGUUGCGAGGAGACUGUGAUCAGCAGGGACAUCGAAGGCGAGCGGAAAGGCUGCGAGAUACAGCUACAGCAAGCGCUCAAGAAGAACGCCGCCCUGGAAGAGCACUUGCUCCAACUCGAGAACGAGUACAUGUGCCUGCAAGAUGCCCACAGACAAGACAUCUCCCACCUCCGCGACGAGGUGUAUUCGCGAGCACUGCCCAUUGUUAUCACUCAAAAUUACCAGGGACACCCCGCCGUAACCAUGGAAGAAAUCGAGGCGUACGGGCACAUGAUGUCCGAAAGUUUGAAUGAGAAUUUCGAGCUUUAUUGCCGCAGGAUCGAGGUCUUGGAAGACUCAAUCAAAGCUGACCAGGCAAACCUGGAAGAUCUGCAACGUGAAAAGACACAGUACGCUUCCGAGCUCAAGAAACUCCACGCGGAGGCUCACAAACAAAACAACUUACAGUUGCACCUUGAGGAUCAACUCAUACAAUUGCAGGAUCAAUUUCAUCUGGAGGCAGACCGUUAUCAGGCCAUCAUCGGGGAGCUGGAGGACGAGCGCGAGCUGCUGGCCCACACCAUCGCUGAGAAGCUGAAGGAGUACCAGCAGCUCAUGCAGGUGAAGAUGGGCCUCGGCCUGGAGGUGGCCACUUACAGGGCCCUGCUGGAAGGAGAAAGAACAGAUCCCAUUCAGAAAAUGGAUCAAUAUGCAAGGGAGGCAUCUCGGAGAAUAGAUAUUAAGAUGCCGUCACAACCAUGGUCGACUACGACCAGGCAGGAAGUACAGAAACAGUACCCGCUCAGCACCGGUCCAGAGGCCCGGUACACAAACCUGGCAUCAAGCCUCAAGGCCUCGUUUGGAUCAACGAACAUGAGGUCCACCAGUCCCGCGAGGGUCAUCCCCAUCAGCUCUCAUGCUAGGGAUCAGCGGAAUGCCCCUGUCAGGAGAGACAUUCCCUCCUUCACCAGGCCAUCACAGGCCACCACUAAUGUCCAAAAAACAACUGUGGAGGACAGAAGUGUGAGAACGAAAGAACCGCUACAAAAACCAGCAAAAGAUUCAACCAGUCUACGUCAGUCAGGCUUUGCAGCCAGGCCCAGUCCUGGACCUGCGCUGACGAAGGGCAAAACAACCGUGGUCACGACUUCAACAGAAAGCACCUUUGUGGUGAAUGGAAAGGGGGAGAGCAAGCAUGAUUUGAGAGGACAUGAGGCUGUCAAGACAGAGGGCAAAGAAGAAAAGGAUGCAAACAAGGUUACUGUGAAAGAAUGGACGACUCCAGACCGGGAGAAUGUGAGGACCAGUAAUAUCCCAAAGAGGUCAGACGUGCAGAUUGCCGCCCCUGAGGAGGCAGGCUCAAGUGAAAGACUACCGGCCACCACGAGUGUCCAAAAAAUAAUUGUGGAAGAGCAAACCGUGAGAACAACAGAAGUGCUAAAAAAACCAGCAAAGGAUUCAGCCAAUCAGCAUGAGCAAGGCUUCACAACAAGGCCCAGCCCUGAACCUGCACCGAUGAAGGAUGAAACAACCAUAGUAAUGUCUUCAACAGAAAGCACUGCUACGGUGGAUGCUAAGGGGGACAGCAAGCAUGACUUGAGAGGACCCAAGGUUGACAAGACAGAGGGCAGGGAAGAAAAGGGUGCAAACAAGGUCCAUUUGAAGGAAUGGAUAACUCCAGACUGGGAGGACGUGAAGACUAGUAAUUUCCCAAAGAGGUCGGAAGUUCAGAGUGACAUUCCUGAGGAGGCAAGCCCAAGCGAAACACUACCAGCUGCCACUACUGUCCAAAAGACAAUUGUAGAAGAGAGAAUCGUGAGAACUAAAGAACCGCUACAUAACCUGGAGAAGGAUUCAGCCAGUCAAAGUCAGCCAGGCUUUGCGGCCAGUCCUGAACCUGCCCCGAUGAAGGGCAAAACAACCGUGUUUACGACUUCAACGGAAAGCACCUUUGUGGUGAAUGGAAAGGGGGAGAGCAAGCGUGGUUUGAGAGGACACAAGAUUGACAAGACGGAGGGAAGGGACGAAAAUGAUGCAAAAAAGGACACUUGGAAGGAAUGGACGACUCCAGACUGGGAGGACGUGAGGACCACUAACAUCCCAGAGAGGGUGGAACUUCAGAGUGAUGAUCCUGAAGAGGCGGGGUCAAGUGAUGAAAAGAUGGUGGAUUACAUUUACAUGGAAGAGAUCAUUGAGAAGGUGAUGAGGCCCGCUGGUCUGGACACCAAGUUCAUAAACCCAUCACCUGACUCAAAGGUGGCCUAUCGUGUCGAGAAAACCGAGGAUGAGGACGGGAAGACAAAGACCCAGAUCAUCCUGGAAUCAAGAGUGGAGGAAGACGUGGAUAUCACUGAUGACUCUGCUCUGCAGGAGCUCCUCGGCAAGGGGGUGAAGAAGGUUUCCCUGGAGGACAUCAAGGGAACCCCGACAGGGAGUGCGAUUGAGAACCUCCUCAGCCUGGGCCACCAUGUAGGUGGCAGUGACCUCGAACACAAGUCUGUCAAUGUGGAGAUAAUUGAGGAACCAGCUGAAGAUCAUGGCAAUGAGGAGGGUGAGGCUAAUCCUGCACCAACGUUCCUCCAGCCCUCCUCCAUGUUCUUCCAGAUUGAAGAGCUGGACAAUGAUUCUCAUGGUGCCAAGCACCCAGGGGGCAAGACAGAGGUGAGUAAGCCCACCCCAACCGAGGACACUGAGUACCAAAAGGAGGGGUCGGUCUGGGUUAGGGAAGGUUACAGGGAGAAUGAUGACCCCUUCUUCAGCCAUGCCCAGGAAACAGAGUACUUUGUCUCCACACCUGAUGACAGUAUCUCUGAGUCUGAAGAGGAACGUGGCAUUUCAUCCUAUGGACAUUACGGAGUGCUGGAUGACUUGUCGGACGAGAGGUACUAUCAAGAGGUGCCCCCGAUCAAUCCCAGGUUCGAAGAGGACAAAGGGUACAAGUCGGGGCACAGGGGCUCCUACAUGACAAGCGAACUUGGCUUUGCUAAGGACCGCUUCCCAGAGUGCAUCAUUGAGGAGGAGGUGCAAGUCUCUCCCACAGUGCAGGAGUCCAUGCUGGACCAUCUGACAGAAGACUCCAUGGACCCAAAGCAACAACUGAGGGGAGACCUGGACAAACUCCAGGGGAAUGUUUUUGAGUCACUGCAAGGUGAGCUGUCCCAUGCUACAAAGAAUGUCCCGGCGGGUCCUAAAAAACUGUCUGUAGAUGUGAAGAAAGUGCAGGAGGUCUCGGACAAUGGAACAGUGACUAUCACAGCGGAGCUCAGGGACCUGGAGUAUUCUGACUUGCUGGAGGACAGCGAGUCUGACAAACGGGUGCUGGCAUCAUCCCACCCGGGCCUCCAGCAUGCCACUGGCAGUAAAACAGUCCGAGAGUACGCAGUGAAAAUCAUCAGGGAUCAGGACGAAGAACCGCUAAGCAUGGCUCCAACAGUGGGUCUAGAUGGGCCAGGUCUGGAAGGCUUAUGUGGGGAGGAAUCUGCAAAUGACAUCCACAAAACUGAGAGGGUCAUCAAGCUGGGUCCCUCCGAGAGAUCUCUCACGUUCCAGAUGGACAUCGGGAACUUUGGCAGUGCCACAUCCCUGCCUGCCGAGGGCGGGGCACAGGAGUUCCAGCAUUUCUUUUCACAAAGCCUGGAGGCAGGGGGACCCAGUGGCGGAGAGGGCGUGUACACCUACGUGCGGAAAACGACUGUGAGCUAUGACCAGGGCGAUGAGCCCACCUACAGUCAUGGCCACGAGGGGGAGGCCAGGAAGUGGGAUGACCUCACGAAACAGCAGGUGGAAUAUGGCCAGGUGCUGCAGACCCAGUUUGUUGACCCCCAGCUGAAGGUCAGCCAGGAGAAGAAAAUCGCCACAGUCUAUUUGGACAGUACUGAGGAUAAUUAGGUAAAACUUUAAAUAAAAUACAUUGCUUCAAUGUCCCCCAAACAAUGAAGUAAAACUCCAUAUGUUUAGUUAUUUUAUUUUAAUUAUGGUUAAUCUUCCAGAAGUUGUCCAGCAAAGAAUGGUUUAGUUUAGUUAUGGACAGUGAAUGUGGUAAUAUCACAUGUGAUAUGAGUAAUAAGUCAAAAGAAAAAAAUAGCCAGCAUUCUGCAAUAAAAUGUGUUGUUUUCCUUUGCAAAUUUCUAUAAGCUGUAAUUGAAUUCGCUACGUUCUGCUGUGCAAAGUUUUAGAGAAGUCUUUCUUUUCUUCCUGCAAGAUAUUUUCUUUUCUCUUGUUCUUAAAUAUAUAUUUUUGUACUUCAUUUAGAGUUACUACUAAGCCUUAGUCUGUCACUGUACUGGUAAAAAAAAACUACCAAAAGAAAUUAAAAAAAAAAAAAAAGGUAAAGAAGUUACUCUCAUAACUACUUUCUAAUACAAAGCUUUGUGUAUGCUAGUCUUACACGGUUGACAUUAAUUAUUCAGUACUUUAACUAUAUGCAGAAUUUAGUUUGUUACUCAUAUACAUAUUGCCAUUUGUACCAGCAUUAAUAGAUUAACAUUUGUUCGUUUUGUUGAACGUCUCCAUGUUUCAUAUUUGUUUUGCGCACUUCAAAAUGUCUUCCUAAAAUAUCUAACGCAAUAGUUUUAAAUUAUGAGUAGCAGCAUCGAAUGUGAAACUGAAACAUGGUUAGUUUCUUUCCUUUUCCUUCGGCUGCGAUCUUCUAAUCGUUAAAUGACAUCACGCGGUCGUGGGAGUUCUAAUAGAGAACCCGAAGACGGAGAACGAUAAGUAAGAAAAGGUGCGUACACGUGCACAUUCUCCGGCACGUUCUUCCACCGCACCACGUCUCAGUGCUGUGGAAUGGAAGAGCCCAGCACGUAUUCAGCGCGACCUUUUCUAGUUUGUCGCUCACACUAGCGACUAUAUCACGCCCCCAUUUAGCUUUUUUUUUAACUUUGAGGGAAAUGUAUUAGUAUUUGACACGUUUUUUGUUGUUGUUGUUGUUGUUUCUGUGACUGGGAAGUGUGAAGUGUGUGUGUGAAGUGUCUGGGAGGAGUGAAUAUCCCCGCUGUGUUCUUGAGCGCUUGGUUUUCUGUAAUCUUGCGUUGCCGUCGACCUUGGAUCAGGUGAAGCCCCCCGGCAGCCGUGGUUAUUUUAAGAGCUGUCGUCGGCUCAGUCAGGCUUCUACAGCAAAAGCAGAAUCGGCUUCAGCAAAUCGCCUUAAUCCGUCUGGUCUAUGCCCGCCACUUAAUCAAGAGGUAAAUCGAAACACUGAAGACCGUUAAUGAAGAUGAGUGCAGCUUCUCCUUUAUUUGGCAUGCUUAAAUGACCAUUAUUGCACACAUUUAGAAUGAAAACAUUUUCCAAAUGCAAUGUUCUCCUGAUUUAAAAAAGGGGAAAUCAUUUCAACAACUAGCGCCGUGUUGUAAAUAUUACAACCACACAAGUUAUGUCGGCAUUGAAUGUAGUUUGUCUUAGUUUGCAUCAUACAUCUGCUUCAGUAUAGCAAAGCAGCAUGAAAGUGGCAUCUUUUUUCCCCAAACCUGACUUUGACGUUUUACCCUGAUGCACUUUUCUAUUAUAUUUAAUCGGAUUUUAGAAAGAGUAAGUUGUUAAAAGUGGAAUGUUGAUACAGAACCUCUGGGCUUGUGUGAGUACGGGUUUUACUGCAUGCUCAGCACAAGGUGAAUGUCUGCCACACACUUAACCGCAUGACUGGCUAUGGCACGAGAACACUUUGGUUGAACAGUUUCAAUGGGGAUCUUUUUUCACGUAAAUGAGUCACUGAGAAUUGUAUUGAUUGGGAACUUUUAAAAAGGAGGAAAAUAUGUUCUCCGUUUUUUAAAUGAUUAUUAUUGAGGGCUUAUUGAAGGAAAAAAAAUAACAAUUUGGCAUCUUUGUACUUUUACCAAUUAUCUUGAAACUGGUAAACGCAGCAGAAAAUCUAUUAAACAGAUAUUUCAGGGCA